GUUGUUUUAUAGAGCUGAAAUAUAUAAAUGAUCAACCUGUAGUACCGUGCAGAUUGUCCUCUGUGAAACGCUAGGCAGUCACAUUGAGUGAAGUAAAAGAGGGACACCAAUGCGAAUUGAGCAUGAUUUGUUCACACCCCGACUCGUCUAAAAAAUCCAAGAUGUUGGUGCCAACCAUUUUUGCAAUCUUGGCGAUGCUGUCGCUCAUUUUUAUUCCAAAUGAUUUUGAAUAUUUUGUGAGUGAUAUUCCAAUUUCUCGUUGGUUUUUGGCAGUUUUUUUCAUCAUCGCGGCCGCUAUGUCCUUUUUCACUCAAUCAAAUAAACAGAAAAAAGAAGAACAGAUGAAACGGAAGCCAAGAGGUGCAUGUAAAGAUGGAAUGAAAGCGGCUACUAUUGAUCAGUAUGGAGAAGAUGUCAUAAGGCUGACCGAUAACAACCCUCGUCCUGAAAAGCUCAUGGACGAUGAAAUCUUGAUCCGCGUGAAGGCGGCUUCCAUCAAUCCAAUUGAUUUAAGAAUUAGUACAGGAUACGGAAGAGUAAUUCUAAACAAGAUGAGACGAGGUUUUAACUAUCCCGCUGGAGAUGGAAAGGAAUUCCCUAUAACCCUUGGUAGGGAUUGUGCUGGUAUAGUUGAAGCCGUUGGGAACAACGUCAAGAAGUUCAAAGAAGGUCAAGAGAUUUGGGGUGCAAUUCAUGUUGCUCGGCCCAAUGCGUGUUUAGCAGAAUUAGUCGUGGUGAAAGAAGGGGAAAUUAGCCUUAAACCAAGGGACAUUACCUUCGAACAAGCAGCGUCAAUUCCGUAUGUAUUUCUAACAGUCUGGAGCGCCAUAGAAGGUUGCAUCUCGGAGGAAGAUGCCAAAGGAAAAAGAGUGUUGGUACUUGGUGGCACCGGUGGAAUAGGAACAUUUGCUAUUCAACUUUUUAAAGCAUGGGGAUGUGAUGUCACCACAACUUGCAGCUCUACUGGAGCUUCAUUGGUUGAAAAACUUGGUGUUGAUGACGUAAUUGAUUACAAACUUCAAGAUUUGUCUGAAGCUCUAGAAGGCAAACCGAAAUUUGACUUAAUUUUAGAUACUAUUGGUCCGACUAUGUACAGUUCCUGCUUUAGUGCAUGUAAAUGGGGAGGCAGAAUUGUUUCUCUUGUUUCACCCGUAAUGCCCCUUGUUGAUGACCAUGGCCUUGUGCUUGGAGGCGUCAAGGUCUUCUGGCGAUACAUACAACUUAGUAUACUAAAGCGUUUAAUUUUUGGCAAACGAUUUUCUUGGGGAUUCUUUUCGCCAAAUGGAAAGGCUUUGAAAUAUGUUCGUAGACUUGUAGACGACAGAAAGGUGCGACCAGUUGUCGAAAAAAUAUUUAAUAUCGAGGAUGUAACUAAAGCAUUUGAUCAUGUAGCAGAGGGACAUUCUAGGGGAAAAACAGUCGUCAGGUUCUAAAGUCUUCAAAACGUAGGCUUACCGUUUAUGUUAUAGCAUAGGAUUAGCCUCCAUGGUUAUAGCAUGGACCUAUUAAUAUGUAUAAUAUUAAUAGGUCCAUGGUUAUAGCAUAUUUUGCAUUUCAACUGUCACAAACGCUAGUAAACAAUGAAGCUACCAAGUAUUGGUAACAGGCGGGUAGUCUUAACAUGGUGCUAAUAAUAUAAACGGCAACAUUUACUAAUACAAAUUAGCAAUAGCCUAUGUCAUCGAAAUACGUUUCACCAUCUUGGUCAAUUACUAAUUAUAACCGAUCUAUCAGCCUUAUAUGAUGUAACCUUGUAAAAAGAAACUUUUUGAAAUAUGUGUGAUUGAGUACAUAAUAUUGCCUAUAUACUCCGGAAAGAUGGUAUAAGUUGCAGGUAUAUUUAUAAUAAUAAUAAUAAUAAUAAUAAUAGAUGGAUUUAUAUAGCGCAAAUAAACGAAAUAAAUUAGUGAAAUGAGCAAACUUUUUUGUUUAUCAAUCUUUGUCAAGCUUUGAUUGAACUUGAUAAAGGUUGAUAACCGAAUACGUUUGCUGACUUGACUUAAUAAAUAUACCAGGCAACUUAUUACCAUCUCCCCGGAGUUCUUUUGUUUUCAUUAUCUUGUUUGCCAAUGCAGCAUAUAUAUAUAUAUAUAUAUAUACAGUAUAUAUAUAUAUAUAUAUCUUAAAUAGUAUAUACUACUGAUUUCCUAGCUACGACUGGGUGACAUGACGUGUGAGCACAUAGGCCUAGUAUUAAUAAUCUUUUUUGAAUACAGUACAGUAUACACUUUUAUGCAGAUAUUUAUGCAUUAGCACACACUUAAACGUAGUGUAUCCAUGGGUAAAACAAGUACAAAACAGACACGUAGAUAUAAUACAAGGAGACAUUACGAAGCACGUUAAAAUGCAAUGUUAGGAUAAUAUGUUUAAAGAACGAUGGAAAUACCAAUUAAUAAAAUUUGAGAAAAAUGGGGAAAAAAUUGGAUAUACACUGUAAGUGUUAGUACCGAAUGUUUGCGUGGGUGCUGUUUGAGCUAAAAUAGCUUAAAAAUCAUAUAUAGUACCAAGAAGCCUAGAACUAUGUAUUUUAUCUUUGUCAUGUUAUCUAUGUUAUCUAUGUCGAUUCUGUCUGCCUGUAAACCUUUCAAAUGUUGGUCGUAGUCACACUGGAUAGCUUGAAGGACUUUACACAGGGCGAGGUGCUUUGUGAAGUCAACAUCGUCAUCCGUGGGACCUUCUCCUUCAUCAUCUAUCAGAUAAUUAUCAAUGAACAAAGCCCGUGAGGAACCUGAUGAUGAUAAUAAUAAUAUAUAAAUUAAUUUCGCCAGUAAAAAGAAAUUAAAGACCCCUUUCAAUGUUUACAUUGGCCUGGCUGAAUGGAUGGCGGCGCACUCCACUGGUAGGCAACAGAGCCGUAGACUUUACGUACUGUAAAUAUUGAAUAAAAAAAAACAUAAUAUAUAUAACUAUGCCAUGUAAAUUUCAUCCGUGUUGCUUUCGUAUUUGGGCACAACAAAAAUACAGAUAAUCAGAAGCAUUAUACUGCUUUGUAUACUCGGCAAAUAUUUUGCCUACCGGGGGCGGGGGGGGGGUGCGUUGCCGGAAUUUCAGCCAGGCCAAUGUAAACAUUGAAGAUGUCUAUACUACACUCCACAUAUCCCUGUCCCUAUCCUACGGAAGCCCGUUAGUGGCAUUAGUGCCACCAGUGAAUUAAAAUUUCAGAGCCGUUAAGUGGCUGCUGCCAGAUAAUUAUGUGGCGGCCGCCACUUAAUUAUCUGGCGGCCGCCAGAUAAAUAUCUGGCGACCGGCUGUUAACGGCUCUGAAAUUUUAAUUCACUGGUGGCACUAACGUGCUUCUGUACUAUCUGUAUCCCUGUCAUAAAUAUUUUGUAGAUCAGUGAAUAAAUACUGUAAACUUGUAUUUUA